GGCGGGGCUGUCCUUACCCGGAAUGAAAACAAACAGCGGCCGCCUCAUCCGGGCACUCGGCGGGUCGCGGCCGGCGCGUUGGUGGCGCAGGAUGGCGCAAAAGAAGUAUCUUCAAGCAAAACUGACCCAGUUUUUAAGGGAAGACAGAAUUCAGCUUUGGAAACCUCCAUACACAGAUGAAAAUAAAGAAGUUGGUUUGGCAUUAAAGGACCUUGCUAAGAAGUACUCUGACAGGCUAGAUUGUUGUGAAAAUGAAGUAGAAAAGAUAAUAGAAGAAAUACGUUGCAAAGCAGUUGAGCGUGGAACAGGAAAUGAAAAUUAUAAAACAACAGGAAUUGCUAGAAUUGAGGUGUUUUUACCUUCCAAACUAAGAAAAGAUAGGAAGAACCUGAUGGAGACCCGACUGGAUAUCAGUGGCAGAGAACUGAGGUCCAAAAUAGCUGAAACCUUUGGAUUUCAAGAAAAUUAUAUCAAAAUUGUCAUAAACAAGAAACAGCUCCAACUAGAAAACAGCCUUGAAGAACAAGGAGUGACUCACAAUGUAAAAGCGAUGGUGCUUGAGUUAAAACAGUCUGAAGAGGACGUCAGGAAAAACUUCCAGGUAGAGGAAGAGGAACAAAAUGAGGCUGAAUUAAAAGAAAAACAGAUUCAGAGGACCAAGCGAGGACUCGAGAUCCUUGCAGAGAGAGCUGAGAUGGUCGUGGAUCCUGAGACGACACCAUACUUAGAUAUAACUAAUCAGACGGGCAGAUCAAUCCGAAUUCCCCCGUCGGAAAGAAAGGCCCUUAUGUUAGCUAUGGGAUAUCAUGAGAAGGGCAGAGCUUUCCUGAAAAGAAAGGAAUAUGGAGUAGCCUUGCCGUGUCUGCUGGACGCCGACAGAUAUUUCUGUGAGUGCUGCAGAGAGCUGCUGGAUACAGUGGAUAACUACGCAGUGCUCCAGCUGGAUAUUGUGUGGUGUUACUUCCGCCUAGAGCAACUGGAAUGCCUCGAUGACGCAGAAAAAAAAUUAAACUUGGCUCAGAAAUGCUUUAAGAAUUGCUAUGGAGAAAAUCACCAGCGACUGGUCCACAUAAAAGGAAAUUGUGGGAAAGAAAAGGUGUUGUUUUUAAGACUCUACUUGCUUCAAGGUAUUCGAAACUAUCACAGUGGGAAUGGUGACGAGGCUGCGGAGUACCUCAACAAGGCACGCCAGCUCUUUAAAGAACUGUAUAUUGAUCCGUCAAAAGUUCACAACUUGCUGCAGUUGGGAUUUACUGCCCAGGAAGCCCGGCUUGGCCUCAGGGCAUGUGACGGGAACGUGGACCAUGCAGCCACUCACAUUACCAACCGUAGAGAGGAAUUGGCCCAAAUAAGGAAGGAGGAAAAAGAGAAGAAAAAACGCCGCCUGGAGAACAUCAACAAUCUGAAAGGAAUGGGCUAUUCCACACAUGCAGCCAAGCAGGCCCUCCAUCAGGCCAGUGGGAACCUGGACGAGGCCCUCAAGAUUCUCCUCAGUAACCCUCACAUGUGGUGGCUAAGGGAUUCCGAUUCUGAAAACAACAGUCAAGAAAAUCCUUCCCAGGAAAACAUUGAGCAACUGGUGUACAUGGGUUUUGAUGCAGCGGUGGCCAGCACCGCACUGAGGGUGUUCAGGGGCAACGUCCAGCUGGCAGCUCAGACCCUUGCUCACAAUGGAGGACUCCUGCCACGCGAUCUGCAGCGCUCAGUGCAACACAGUUCUUCAUCCACACCAUCCACGUCCCCUUCGGAUUCUGCAGGAACCUCUGGUGCCUCCACUGAUGAGGAUAUGGAGACGGAGGCCAUCAACGAGAUCCUGGAGGACAUUCCAGAACAUGAGGAAGACUAUCUCGACUCAACUCUGGAAGAUGAAGAAAUUAUCAUCGCAGAAUACUUAUCCUACAUAGAAAAUAUAAAGUCAGCAACAAAGAAAAACUAGUUAAUGAACAAAAAAUCACAGUACUAUGUUUCUGCUUAUAAAUUCUAUCAUUACGAAAAGCCUUA